CUUUUAAAAGGAGUAUGUUCCUUAACUACAGUCAACAUGGUUCAACAUGCUCAUUAUGCUCACCAUUAUGGCAAACUGUGUAUGUAUGACAUGGGCUAAACUUCCAGAAUGGAUGAAGAUUGUAGAGUACACUUUCACUGGAAUUUAUACUUUUGAAUUUCUAGUAAAAGUCCUUGCAAUGGGCUUCUGUAUAAAUGAUUUUACUUGCCUUCGUGACCCCUGGAACUGGCUUGAUUUUAUUGUAAUUUCCUUUGCGUAUAUAACAGAAUUUGUAAACCUAGGCAAUCUUUCAGCUCUUCGAACUUUCAGAGUAUUGAGAGCUUUGAAAACUAUUUCUGUAAUUCCAGGCUUGAAGACUAUUGUUGGAGCAUUAAUUCAGUCUGUGAAGAAGCUCUCGGAUGUUAUGAUCCUGACUGUGUUUUGCCUGAGUGUAUUUGCACUAAUAGGAUUGCAGCUGUUCAUGGGCAAUUUGAAGAAUAAAUGCUUGUUCUGGCCACCAGAAAAUUCAACAGCUUUUAAAAAAUACGUAGUUCCAUACUUUAAUGGUACAGAAUUUGACUGGGCAGCAUACAUUAAGGAAGAAAGUCAUUUCUAUCGCCUAGAAGGAGCAAAGGAUUUUUUGCUUUGUGGCAAUAGCACAGAUGCAGGUAAAUGUCCAGAAGAGUAUAUCUGUGUGAAAGCUGGUAAAAACCCCAACUAUGGAUAUACUAGCUUUGAUACAUUCAGUUGGGCUUUCUUGUCACUGUUUCGACUGAUGACACAGGACGGCUGGGAAAAUCUUUAUCAGUUGACGCUACGAGCUGUUGGCACAUCGUACAUGAUAUUUUUUGUUGUGGUGAUUUUUCUGGGUUCCUUCUAUUUGAUUAACUUGAUUUUGGCUGUGGUUGCCAUGGCCUAUGAAGAACAAAAUCAAGCAACUAUCUUUGAAGCAGAGCAGAGGGAGGCAGACUUCCAGCUGAUGCUUGAACAGCUGAGGAAGCAGCAAGAAGCAGCUCAGGCAAUAGCAGCAGCUGUAACAGAGAUGACUGAAUACAGCGGUGAAAGUGGGAUUGCUGGACCCUCAGAUACUUCUUCAGAAGCAUCCAAGCUUAGCUCAAAAAGUGCCAAAGAAAGGAGAAAUAGAAGGAAGAAAAGAAAGCAGAGAGAGCUGUCUGGAGAAGAGGAUGACAUAAAACUUCCAAAAUCUGAAUCAGAUGGAAGUAUCAAAAGUAAAGGUUUCCGUUUUUCUUUUGAUGGGAACAGACUUACAUAUGGGAAGCCAUUUACAUCACCUCACCAGUCUUUGCUGAGUGUUCGUGGCUCCCUGUUUUCUCCCAGGCGUAGUAGCAAAACAAGCCUUUUCAGUUUUAGAGAAUACGGAAGGGAGAGAGGAUCUGAAAAUGAGUUUGCUGAUGAUGAGCACAGCACAUUUGAGGAUAAUUCGAGCAGAAGAGGUUCUCUCUUUUUGCCGUGCAGACACGGUGAACGGCGCAGCAGUAACAUCAGUCAGGCCAGUAAAUCAUCAAGAAGGCUGACAGCACUUCCAGUGAAUGGGAAGAUGCAGAGUGCUGUGGACUGCAAUGGAGUGGUUUCCUUAGUGGAUGGACCACCAGGUCUAUUGUCGCCUACUGGACAACUUCUGCCAGAGGUGAUAAUAGAUAAACCGUCAACUGAUGGCAAUAGCACUGCUACAGAAAGAGAAAUAAAAACCAGGCGUACAAGUUCGUAUCAAAUACCAGUGGAGUUGCUGGAGGAUCCCAAUGUAAGGCAAAGGGCCAUGAGUAUAGCUGACAUUAUCACAAAUACAAUGGAAGAACUUGAAGGAUCCAGACAAAAAUGUCCACCUUGCUGGUGCAAGUUUGCUAACACUUUCUUAAUUUGGGAUUGUUGUGAGCUCUGGUUAAAAGUAAAGAGUGUAGUGGCAUUUAUUGUAAUGGAUCCACUUGUUGAUCUGGCUAUCACUGUUUGCAUAGUUUUAAACACACUAUUUAUGGCCAUGGAACAUUAUCCAAUGACUGAAGAUUUUGAGAAUGUACUUAAAAUAGGAAAUCAGGUUUUUACUGGAAUUUUUGCAGCAGAAAUGGUUCUCAAGAUAAUUGCCAUGCAUCCUUUUUAUUAUUUCCAAGUUGGCUGGAAUAUUUUUGAUAGUUUUAUAGUUACUCUUAGUUUGGUGGAGCUUUUUCUGUCAAAUGUGGAUGGAUUAUCUGUUCUCCGAUCAUUCAGAUUGUUGCGAGUUUUCAAGUUGGCAAAAUCUUGGCCAACUCUAAAUAUGCUGAUUAAGAUUAUGGGCAACUCAGUGGGGGCUCUGGGCAAUCUGACCCUGGUGCUGACAAUCAUUGUGUUCAUUUUCGCUGUGGUUGGGAUGCAGCUCUUUGGGAAACACUACAAAGAUUGUGUCUGCAAGAUCUCUGAUAAUUGUGAACUGCCACGCUGGCACAUGCAUGAUUUUUUCCACUCUUUCCUGAUUGUAUUCCGAGUGCUGUGUGGAGAGUGGAUAGAAACAAUGUGGGACUGCAUGGAGGUUGCUGGCCAAGCCAUGUGCAUUACAGUCUUCAUGAUGGUCAUGGUGAUUGGAAACCUGGUGGUAUUGAACCUUUUUCUGGCCUUGCUGCUGAGUUCAUUUAGUUCAGACAAUCUUGCUGCUACAGAGGAUGAUAAUGAAAUGAACAACUUGCAGAUUGCUGUUGCAAGAAUUCAGAAGGGAAUAGAUUAUCUGAAGAAAAAAGCAGGUGAAUGUGUCCAAAAGUCUUGUUUGGGAAAACAAGCUGUUGUAAAUCAAAGAACAGCAACAGAUCAGUUGAAUGAUGAGAGACACCACUGCAUUUCCAACUGUACCAUCGCUGAAAUAAGGAUAGAUACGAAUUAUCACAAAAAUGAGAAUGGAAUGGCCACUGUUAUAGGUGGCAAUGAUUAUACAUCAUUCAUAAACAACCCAAGCCUUACUGUUACAGUACCAAUAGCUGUUGGAGAGUCUGAUUUUGAACAUCUAAACACAGAAGAGUUUAGCAGUGACUCAGAUUUGGAAGAAAGCAAGGAGAAGUUAAAUUUUUCCAGCUCAUCUGAAGGAAGUACAGUUAAUUUAGCUGUCUUUGGAGAUGAAAUAGCUGAAACUGAACCAGAAAAAGCAUCAGAACUACAGGACUGCUUUACAGAAGGCUGUAUACGGAAGUUUAAAUGCUGUAAAGGCAGUAUGGAAAGCACAAAAGGAAGAAUCUGGUGGAACCUUCGAAAAACCUGUUACAAGAUAGUAGAACACAACUGGUUUGAAACAUUCAUUGUCUUCAUGAUUCUUCUCAGCAGCGGAGCUCUGGCCUUUGAAGAUAUAAAUAUUGAACGGCGCAAGACUGUAAAAAUCAUACUGGAAUAUGCUGAUAAAAUCUUUACUUACGUCUUUAUUCUGGAAAUGGUGCUAAAAUGGGUGGCCUAUGGUUUUCAGAUUUACUUCACUAAUGCUUGGUGCUGGCUGGACUUCCUGAUUGUUGAUGUCUCGUUGGUUAGCUUAGUAGCUAAUGCCCUUGGUUUGUCAGACCUUGGUGCAAUUAAAUCCCUCCGAACAUUAAGAGCUUUGAGACCUCUAAGAGCUUUGUCACGCUUUGAAGGCAUGAGGGUGGUUGUGAAUGCUCUUACUGGAGCAAUCCCAUCCAUUAUGAACGUGCUUCUGGUUUGUCUUACCUUCUGGCUAGUUUUCAGCAUCAUGGGAGUAAAUUUGUUUGCUGGCAAGUUCUAUCACUGUGUUAACACCACAAAUGAUGAGACAUUCACACCAGAGGAAGUCAGUAAUAAAAGCAUGUGUGAAAAAAUUAACAUGACUACUGGAGGUGUUCGGUGGAAAAAUGUGAAAGUAAACUUUGAUAAUGUUGCAAUUGGUUAUCUUUCUCUGCUUCAAGUGGCAACAUUUAAAGGAUGGAUGGACAUCAUGUACGCUGCGGUUGAUUCUACAGAAGCAGAGAAACAGCCCAAGUAUGAAGAAAGCCUGUACAUGUAUAUUUACUUUGUUGCCUUUAUCAUCUUUGGAUCAUUUUUCACCCUAAACUUAUUUAUUGGUGUCAUCAUAGAUAAUUUCAACCAACAAAAGAAGAAGCUUGGAGGUCAAGACAUUUUUAUGACAGAAGAACAAAAGAAAUAUUACAAUGCAAUGAAGAAGCUGGGAACCAAGAAACCACAAAAACCUAUACCUAGACCCGUGAACAAAUUGCAAGGUCUGGUGUUUGAUAUUGUAACAAAACAAGCAUUUGACAUUACCAUUAUGGUUCUCAUCUGUCUUAACAUGGUCACAAUGAUGAUAGAAACAGAUGACCAGAGUGAACUGAUGCAAAAUAUUUUACACUGGAUUAACUUGGUCUUUGUUGUCCUUUUCACUGGAGAAUGUGUCUUCAAAAUAUUCUCACUCCGUUUUUAUUACUUCACCAUUGGCUGGAAUAUUUUUGAUUUUGUGGUUGUUAUUCUUUCAAUAGUAGGUAUGUUUCUUUCUAAGGUGAUUGAGCAGUACUUUUUCUCCCCCACUUUGUUCAGAGUUGUACGACUUGCCAGAAUCGGUCGAAUCCUGCGCCUCAUUAAAGGCGCCAAGGGAAUCCGCACUCUGCUUUUUGCUUUGAUGAUGUCUCUUCCUGCUCUGUUCAACAUUGGUCUGCUGCUCUUCCUGGUCAUGUUCAUCUAUGCCAUAUUUGGCAUGUCCAACUUUGCCUAUGUUAAAAGGGAAGCUGGUAUAGAUGACAUGUUCAACUUUGAAACGUUUGGCAACAGCAUGAUCUGCCUGUUUCAGAUCACCACGUCUGCUGGCUGGGAUGCUUUGCUCGCCCCAAUUCUGAACAGUGGGGAGCCCGACUGUGAUCCCCAUAAAGAUCAUCCUGGGAGCUCUGUGAAAGGUGACUGCGGCAACCCUUCUGUUGGGAUUUUCUUCUUUGUCAGCUACAUUAUCAUCUCCUUUCUGGUAGUGGUGAACAUGUACAUUGCUGUGAUUUUGGAGAACUUCAGUGUUGCUACUGAGGAAAGCGCUGAACCCUUGAGCGAGGACGACUUUGAGAUGUUCUAUGAGGUCUGGGAAAAAUACGAUCCUGAUGCAACACAAUUCAUAGAAUAUAGCAAAUUGUCUGAUUUUGCAGCUUCUCUAGAUCCUCCUCUUAAUAUACCAAAACCAAACACAAUUCAGCUUAUUGCAAUGGAUCUGCCCAUGGUGAGUGGUGACAGAAUUCACUGCCUUGACAUCCUGUUUGCUUUCACAAAGCGUGUUUUGGGGGAAAGUGAUGAGAUGGAUGCCCUCAGAAUACAGAUGGAAGAUCGAUUUAUGGCAGCCAAUCCUUCUAAAGUCUCCUAUGAACCAAUUACAACCACGUUGAAACGAAAACACGAAGAAUUGUCUGCUGCUAUCAUUCAGCGUGCCUACAGACGUCAUCUUUUAAGACAGGCAGUAAAGAAACUUUCAUUUAUGUAUCGGGAAGAUGGGGUUGAUCUGCUUAUCAGAAAAGAUAUGAUUAUUGGUAAGCUAAGUGAAAACUCACCUCCAGAGAAAGUGGAAUCCGCCACAGCUCCACCUUCUUAUGACAGUGUAACAAAACCAGAAAAAGAAAAAUAUGAAGAUGACAAACAGAAAAAGAAGACAAGGGAAAAGACAGAAAAGGAAAUAAAAAGUAGGACAGAGAGGUUGUCCAUGACGAAUGUUCACAAGCCUGAGAAGAUGAUGUUUUUAUCAGUAGCAUUCUUAUUGAAGAAUUAUGCCAAAAUUACAAGUUUUUACAUAUUUACCCACUGCUACGGUCAGUGCCUGUACCAAGACUAUGACCCUUCACUAGUAAACUCUCAAUUUGUAACAGGGAAACAAACUUGCAGAACAGUAGUUUUGAUUAUCAGCUGUCGUUAACUGAGAGGAGACAAAAAAUUUCUACUUAGACUGUAGGAACCCUUAUUGGAGUGCAAAAUUACCAAUCCUUACAAGCGGGUAUUUUUGUGGAAUAAGUGUAUCCACCAAGUUCAUUUCAUCUCCUGUGUUCCAUGUGUGUCAGAGGUUUUUUUUGUCAUCUUAUUUGCUUUAAUCACACACUGCUAUCAGUAAUUCUGCAGUGUGAUAAAAAGAUCUAAAUACUUUUUAUUUAAAUAAAUACUAAAUGCUAAGUAAUACUCUGUAUGCAGAGGAACACAAAUGUCUGGAAUAUGUGAUUAUAACAUCAUAUAUGAACAUAGUUCUCUUGAAACCAACUCUAAAUGCAGAAACUAAGAUUCCAGAUUAUUGAACCUAGGAUCUAGAUCAAAUCAGCAGCAGUUAUAAUAAAAACCCCAGAGUUUAGAUAGAGAAUUUAUCAGAAAAAUAAAACAAGGGAAUAAUUUUCACUGGAAAGAGGUUGGUAGCUUAGUCUCUUAAGUUUAAUAUACUUAUUUUUAAUACUUUUUAGUAAUUCUUUAUUUAUUAUACUAUCCAUUUCAGAUACAGUGAUUUAGAUAAAUGGUGCUACAAACAGCUCCCAUUCCAAAAAUCAUGAAACUAUGGAAAAACCCCAGUUCCUUUCAGAGUACAAGAUGCUUCAUAAUUCCUGAGAUAUUCAAAUAAUUCUUUUCACAGAAAAGCUACAAAUGCUAAAUUGUGCCUAUAGGAAAUUAUACAGAUUAAAAAAGAAGGGGUAAGCUUUUUUUUUUUUUUUAAACUGGUAGACCCUGUAAUAUCAUGAGUAGUUUCCAUACUUCAUUCCAAAGUCUGUUUCUACACUUCUUAUUUCUCAUGAGUAUAUCCCACUUAGGACAAUAAUCAGAGCUAUGUGAAUAAAUUGAUAGCAGAGUACCUUUGGGAACAAAUACUCCCUUAACGUAUACCUCAGAUUUAAAAUUCUAUGCUUUGGAAGGAUGGAUCAUGCCAGAGACACAAAAUAAAUAGGUCAGAGGUGGUUUUGACACCCCCUAUGGCACUUUAAUCAGGUUUCCACUGUAAUGCAGUCUUCUAUAGAAAGCUGAGUUGAUGUACUUACAUCAGCUUUGUCCUGCAUCGUGUUUUAGGUGACUUUUUUUGUCAUCCAGGCUGACACUAUACAUGUAAGUAAAAUCCUCUGCUAUUUAAUCAGUUGUUUACACGGUGGUAUCUUUUUGAACAAAGAGACAAUGACCUAAUUACUCUGUAUGUGUCACAUAUGUACCCUAGUAAGUUAGCUUAUUAAAUUUCAAUAGAUAUUAUGAUAUAUUCUGUAAUACUCCAAAUAAUUGGGAAGCUUUAACUGAUGCAUGCUUGCUGCUAUUAUGCUACAGCUGUUAAAGUUUAAGAUGGGAAGACAUGUGAGAGGUAAAAAGAAAAAAACUAUUCGACAAGACCAUCAUUCCUCAUACCAGUAAGCAAUAGUUGCUGCUAUUAAAUAUUUUAUUUUGUUUGAAUUUUGUAAUCAGCAAAUAUGCAGUAAAUUAUUGGACUAUACAGGACAAAUAUAUGGCUUAAAAUGUGGGACUAGAAAAACUUUUAUAAUAUAUAUCUAUUGAUCUAUUCUUGUUAUUUUGAAAAUAGUUUUAAUUUAUAGCAUUUUAUACUUAUAGAAAAUUACACAUAUCUUCAUAUUGUUAUUAUUUUUUCUUGAUGUCUGUCUUUAACACUUUACUUUUGGGAAGCCUAAGGUACAAUGCAAAUUGGUAAUUGGAAGUUUCUGCUAAUUAUUUUUUAUAGCAUUUUAAUAAGGAAUAAUUUAAAAAGAAAUGAACAGUACAGUUAUUUUUCUGAUCAGUAAGUAGGUCUUUUUACAUGAAAAAAGAUAAAAGGGUUUGGUUUUUUUUUUAAUGAUAAUUCGGUCUGUUAAUUUUCAGGGUAAUCGUAGUCAUAAAAACGUUGCUUUCCCCAGAGUUAGUCUCACACUGUCUGCUUUGCUUACUGGUACAUACUGCAGUAGAAAUGCUUUAAAUAUAAUUUGUUAUUCAAAAUCUUCCUUUAUGAGGAUGAACAGUGAACUUGUGCAAUGGGCAGUGAAAUACUUUGCAUUUCUUCUUUAUUCUAGAAUAUAGAUUGGCUCCUGCUUUUAUAGAAAUUAUUGGCUCAUUGUUCUGAUGAACUGCAUGCAGGGACUUGUUUUACCGAAAAUAACUGCAUUGCUAACAACCCAAAAGAAUAAAGAUAACCUUUUUAUGGAA